AUGAAACAGGCGCACACUACUCCUGACAGUAAAAGGCGGCGAGAAGAAGCCGCAGAGAAACAGGUCUGCCCGACCUCGCUAGUUACCUUCCAUGGUGCAGGUUUUGCACAGGGCAUCGGCGCCAGCGUCACGCAGGUGGUCACUGCCGCACACCUUACGCCGCCACCCACGGGUGGAGAGUACUGGCUGCUUGGCGUUUGCCUUGCUGUGGCUGGCACCCUCGUGGGAACGAUCGGCAAGCAGAUGAUCCGCCGCGCGGAGAUGUACAAGCAGGACAAACAAGACCGCGAAAGCACCAUCCUCUUCUAUGUAGGUUUGAUGCUGCAGGUCGCCUUGAAUCCUCUUUGCGACAUGGCGGGCUACGCUCUAGCUCCUGCCACUGUGAUCGCACCAGUGACCGGCAUGGACAUUGUUUGGAACACAGUCAUUGCCCCGUGCUCUUUGGGAGAGAAGCUCACGUCAAGGAGGCUGCUGAGCACUUGUAUCAUUUUUUUCGCGGCCACCGCAUCCGUGCUCUUUCGCCCCGUCAAGCAGGUCGAGUGGACCACCGCAUACGUAGAGACGGUGCUCUUGCAGAAUCGGACCCUCUUCUACGGCCUCUGCUUCCUUGCCUGGUACCUCUGGAACGUAACUGUCCAGAUGCGCUACGAGAGGGGAUCACCCAUCAGGGGCUUUUCCCUGGGAGCAACCGCGGGAUCUUUGGCUGGCAACAUGUGGUGCACCAAGAUCACAGCAACCCUGGCAGGGCAGUGCGUGGAGGGAAACUGCAUCGCCUGGAACCACUGGGUCUCCUGGGCUUGCCUUAUCGGCGCCAUCUUCUUUUCCACAAGCAAUCUGUACUACAUCUCCAGAGGGAUGCAGCAACAUGAAGCACUUUUCAUGGUUACAGUUUACAUGGGCUCCAACAUCGCCACUAACAGCUUAAGCGCAAUAGUGGUCCUGUCCGAGAUGGACAACGCUCCGUGGUGGAAGUUUGCUGGCUACAUCGGAUGCAUUCUGUUCAUGAUGGUGGGCAUGGCUUUGCUCACUUCUGGGGAGAAGGACGUGGAAGCCAGAGACUUAGACUGCUCGCCAUGCGUCGAGCUGGCCGAGGCAAAGCGAUCGCUCCAUGUCUUUGAGACUAAUCCAAAUCCUUCAAACCCUGGAACUCCAAACCCGAACCAGAAGCCUUCCGCCCUGUCUGAAGUGCCUUCUUGGUGA